AUGCUAUGAUGAAAGAUUUUCUGGAAUCGUUGACGGAAACCAAGAUUGACAGUAACGAUGUAAACAAUGAAAAUAAUAAAAUCAAGGAGUAUGAAAUGGGUGGUGAGGAAAAGCAAGAAGAUGCGAUAAGGAAAGUGAUUGUUAAUAAAAGAAGAAACGAAGAGACGUGUGGAGUAAAAAAUAAGAAUAUUGAAAACAUACUCAUGAAAGGUAAUGAAACAGCCCAGAAGGUCAAACCUAAUCUAGUAUCUGUUAAGGUCAGUUCUGAUGAAAGCGCUGUUGAAUUUGAAAGGGAUGACUUGAGGAAGUGUAGGAAGACAAUGAACAAUAUGGCAGUAAUGAAUUGUCACGUUAAACGUCUCAUGUGGUUGUCUAAUUUAAGCCAAAAGCCCAAUGACGGUGAAAAUCGUAGCAUGAUUAGCGUCA